AACUUUGUCCCCUGUGUGGGUUGUUUUUAGUAAACAUCCCCGUCACUUCCCCAUUUGGCUGGAGCUUAUCCGAGUGAACGGGACAAUCCUGGACUGCUCCGGGACGGAGAGAGAUGACAAACAUGACUACCUCACCGGUUCUGCUGCUUCUGCUGGUCCUGAUACCAGACUCCUCAACGCUGAUUAGAUCUUCAUCGGAGGAGCGAUUCCUGCGCUCGCUGGAUCAAGGGGACGCUGUGUUUUAUUUUGGGUCGUCCUCCGCAGAUUCAGUGGCAGACUUUCAGCUCCUCUCGCUUGCCUGUCCCUCUGUGGAGCUCCACCCGGGGCCCUGGCAGUGCUCCUUGGAAGCCCAGGGGAGGGUCAUCCUGCUGGGGAUGAGAGAGGGAGAGCUGCGCCUCUCCUGUCCCCCCGGAGCGGAGAGCGUCCUCGGUGCCACUCUGGGUGAUGUGGGCGCAGAGCCUGCCACGUGCUGUCAGUACCCUCAUGUCCUACAUCCACCCUCAUCCAAGGGAUUUCUCUCCAUUUGCUUUGGGAAAAUGCGAGGCAUGGUUGCCUUGGGGACAGAAGGGCUGUACAUUCAGCCUGUUCUCCAGAAACACGUCCACCUGACAGUGGAUCCAGGACAGGACCCAGCCCGGACAGGAGCCCCACACAUGGUGUUCCUGCUGCCUCUCUCUGCUCCAGCGGCUCACAGGCAUCCUCUAACCCCCACACACGCUCACAGUGAGGGCAGGAGGGAGCGCCGGUCUGCCGUGGUACCUGAUGUGACCCACCUGGAGCUUCUGGUGGUGGUGGGUCCGGAAGUACAGCAGGUCCACAGACAGGAUACAGAGAGAUACAUCCUCACCAACCUCAACAUUGCAUCAGAGCUUCUGAGAGACAAGACGCUGGGGGCUAAUAUGAGGGUCCAUCUGGUCCGCAUGAUCAUCCUCUCAGAGCCAGAGCCAGAGAUCCAAAUGUCCGCCAACAUCACCUCGUCCCUCAGGAGUGUGUGUGAGUGGGGCCGCAGAGUGAACCCGUCUAACGACACAGAUCCCUUACACGCAGACCUCCUGCUCUACAUCACAAGGUUCGACCUGGUGCUGCCCAAUGGGAACAAGCAGGUGAGGGGCGUGGCCCAGCUGGGCGGAGCUUGCUCCAGCAACUGGAACUGUGUGAUUACAGAGGACACUGGCUUCGACCUGGGCAUCACCAUCGCCCACGAGAUAGGCCACAGCUUCGGCAUCAACCACGACGGGAUGGACAACAGCUGUGGGAGGAGUGGCUUCAUGAUGGCGUCCGAUGGAGGCUACAACAGUGUGGACCUCACCUGGUCGGCCUGUAGCAGAGAGCAGCUUCACACAUUCUUCAGGCAGGGGAAAGGGGAGUGCGUGAAAGACCUGCCCGUGCUGGAAGGCUCCCUGCAGGACUGGAAGCCAGGCCUCUACUACGGGGUGGACGACCAGUGCCGGAUUGCUUUCGGAAGCACCGCCACGGCCUGUUCUUUCUCCAACCCGGACCUGCCGGUGUGUCGAGUUCUGUCUUGUCACGUGAUCCCCGGAGACAAGAGCUCGUGUAAACGCCUACUCGUGCCCCUAUUGGACGGCACGGAGUGUGCACCCAAUCAGUGGUGCCUGAAAGGACUCUGCGUCUCCCCGGACAACCUGGGCUCCUCCGUGGUGGUCCACGGCUCCUGGUCCAGCUGGUCAGAGCUCUCCUCCUGCUCUCGCACCUGCGGAGGGGGCGUCCAACACCGCACCCGGCUCUGCAACAACCCCAGGCCUGCAUUCAGAGGGAGGGAUUGCGAGGGCAGAGACACAGAGGCCGGACUUUGUCACCAGCAGGCCUGUGAAAGGAGUCAGCUGGACUUGAUGGCAGAACAGUGUUCCCUGACAGACCCCCAGCCCCUCUCCCUGACCCCUGGCACUGCUAACCUCUACACAUGGAUCCCCGCCCUGGGCUUUGUCACAGGAGAUGAGCAGUGCAAGUACAUGUGUCAGUCCGAGGGAGAAGACUUCCUCGUGAGCCGUGGUUCUCAGUUUGUGGACGGGACUCGGUGUGAACCGGACAGCCCCGCUCCUCUGGGCUCCACGCCCGCCUGUCUGAGGGGGAAGUGCCAGCUGUUUGGCUGUGACGGAGUGUUGCAUUCUGGGAAGGUGGAGGACAUGUGUGGAGAGUGUGGGGGAAACGGUUCAUCCUGCAGCCUUGUAUCUCAGUCAUAUACCGGCGGCCAGGCCAGAGAGUACGCCACUUUCUUGACCCUGCCGAUGAACGCCACCCAGGUCCACAUCGUGAACGAGGCUCCAGUCUUCACUCACAUGGCGGUGCUGGUGGGAGGGCAGUACGUGGUGUCAGGGCACGGCAUCAUGUCUCUGAACAUCACUCACCCCUCCAUCUUGGAGGACCAGCGCCUGGAGUACCGCAUCUAUCUGACCUCUGACCUCCUGCCUUACAUGGAGGAGCUGAAGGUGCCUGGACCAAUAAGAGAGGAGACACACGUGCAGGUGUAUCGGAAGUACGGCAAAGAAUACGGAGGGCAGACCAGCCCGAACAUCACCUACCGGUACUACGCUCCUGGUGCUCCACAUGAAGCAGGGUCGGCUGAGGGGCCCAGAGGCUCCUGGUCCUCUGUCCCCACACCCUGCUCUGUCACCUGCAGCUCAGGAGUGCAGAAACAUGUGUAUGUCUGUGUUGAUGGAGACACCAAGGAGCAUCUGGAUGAACGGUUCUGUGAGAAGGCUCCUCCCACACCGCCUCAACAGACAGCCUGUCACCUCCCAGCCUGCCCCUCCAGAUGGGAGGCGGGGGAGUUUGGACCCUGCAGCGCCCCCUGUGGCGGAGGAGAGGCGCUGCGCCCUGUGAGGUGUGUCCAGAGGCAGGGGGGAGAAGUGGUCCAGGUGCCCACCUCAGAAUGUCCACCUGACUCAGCCCCAGCAACUACAGACAGCUGCAACCUCCAGCCCUGCCCAGCCAGGUGGCACGCGGCAGAGCCCGGGGAAUGUUCGGCGGUGUGUGGGCCAGGCGAGGCCAGGCGUGCCCUGACCUGCGUGCGGUCGGAAGGUGGUCGGGAUUCGGAGGUGGACCCCAGCUUGUGUCCAGAGGACCUCCGGCCGCCGGACUCUGAGCCCUGUGUGGUGGACGUCUGUCCGGUCGGCUGGGAGUCUAAGGGAGAGGCUCUCCUCGCGCUGAAGAAGACGCCAGGUUUGACGCCCCGCUCUGGGCCUCCGCGCCCAGUGUACGUUUGGAGCCCUGUCAUUGGCCAGUGCUCCAAGACCUGUGGCAACGGAACCUUGCUGGUGUGGUUCUUCUGCGUGGACCACCAGACCAGACGAGCGUCGCCAGAGAUGCACUGUGAGAGCUCCAACAAGCCGGCUCCGCGCUCCGAGGCCUGCAACCCCUCCCCCUGCCCCCCCACGUGGCACUAUAAGGAGGGCGCGUGCAGCGUGACCUGCGGCGGAGGGGUCGCCAACAGGGUGCUGUACUGCUCUCGGCAGGGCGAGGAGGAGGGCGAGGAGGAGGUCGUGGAGGACGCGGAGUGCAGAGCCUCGCACAAGCCCCCGGCUGUGGUCUCCUGCCACACCAACAGCUGCCCUGCGCGGUGGAGGGUGCAGAAGACGGGAGCCUGCUCGGUGACCUGCGGUCUGGGCGUGGCCCAGAGGAGCGUGGCCUGUGUCCAGUUCGCCCGGGGGAGGGAGGGUCCGGUGGCGGAGGAGGCGUGCAGCGCUGCCACGGUGAAGCCAGCCACAGCCGUGCCCUGCCUGCUGCAGCUGUGCACCUUCAGCUGGGAGGCAAAGGCCUGGGGCCAGUGUUCUGUGUCCUGUGGCUAUGGGGUCCAGUCCAGAGCGGUGUGGUGCAUGGGCCCGUCCACCGCCCAGCCCCUCAACCCCAUGCUGUGCAUGCACAGGCCCAAGCCCAUCACCAUCCAGGCCUGCCGCUUGGCAGACUGCCGGGACCCCCAGCGCCCCACCCACCUCCCCCUCGCCACCAGCCCGCCACCGCCGAUGACCAGCCAAUCAGCUGCUCCGAAGAAAAGGUCGGAGGUCGCUGCUCCUCAGGAAAGGCCUUUCCUGCCCCCGCUGGACCCGACAGAGACACCCCGGGACCCCGCCACCACCCCCCUCCCGCUUCACCCCUCAGAGACGACCCUCCCUCACACGCCCUCCUCCGCCCCCUCCUCCACCCCCAAAACCAGUGUGUGUGGUCGGUUGCUGCUGCAGGACUCGGGUACCGUGGACCUGAGGCAGGAGACGGGUCGGUGCAUCCUCUCCAUAGGACGCCCGUUGGGCGAGCUCAUUCACAUCAAAGUGGAAUCCAGCGCCCUGAACUGCAAGAAAAAGGAAUACGUGACAUUCUACGACAGGCUGGCGCUGAACAGGAAGUGCGGGCCGAUGGCGGGUACCGUGCUCACGACCCGCACCAACGUCCUGCUGGUGAGGCAGAACCUCGUAACCCCCGGCAACGGCGUGUUGCUCACCUACAGCAGUCAGAAGAACAGCAAAAGGUCUCUGCAUCAGGAAACGUGUGACACCCAGCUGUUUGGUCCCAGCGGGGUCAUCGAGAACCCAACAAUGACAUCCGUCUCAGACAGUCACACCUGCAGGGUCCUCAUCAACGCCCCCCCCUCUGUGAAGAUCCGGAUCCAAGCCCAGAGCUUAGAGCCUGUGGUGAAUGCCUCCUCCACCCAGGACACAUACAUCAUGAUACGGGACGUGGAUGUUUUGAAGACCAAUGUGUUUAAAGGACAUCAGCCCUUCCUCUGGCUGUCGUCAGGGAGCAUGGCAGAAAUUGAAUUCCACGGAGCUUACCUAUACACCACCGGGAGCUUCAAGGCUGAAUAUUCCUUUGUUCGGCCCUGACUUCUCUCCUGUGUUCUACCAUACACUAUUUAAAAGUACACAACUUGAGAGUUCAUUUGAGAAACAUUGUUUGCUUCGCUUUAAUCAACGCUGUCCGUUUUUAUAACAUGUUAAGAGGAUUAUUCUAUUUACAAAAUGUUCUGCUGCCUUCAUCCUUUCAGUAUUGAAAAAAAAUGUUUAUGAACGUUUAUGUUCCUAUUUUGUUUACAUUUUGUGGGACGUAAAGGCACAUGUUGUUAGGUUUUGCUCUCCCAGACAUAGCUUAUUUGCUGAAAACUAAUUCCUAAAAACACACAAAAAACACAUCUGUAUUCUUUAUA